UGAGCCCAAGCCAGCCAAGAUGGCGGCGAAUCCAAGCAAAAACACAGCCCAUUUCGACUGCCCGUCAUGGGCAGGAAAACCACCCGCCGGGCUUCAUUUGGAUGUGGUUAAAGGAGACAAGUUAAUAGAGAAACUGAUCAUCGACGAGAAGAAGUUCUACCUGUUUGGGAGAAACCCGGACCACUGUGACUUCACGAUAGACCACCAGUCGUGCUCGCGUGUGCACGCGGCGCUCGUCUACCACCGGCACCUCAAGAGGGUCUUUCUCAUCGACCUCAACAGCACUCAUGGCACCUUUUUGGGCAGAAUCCGUCUGGAGCCCCAUAAACCUCAGCAGGUGCCAAUCGACUCCACCAUGUCGUUCGGGGCAUCCACGCGGGUGUACACGCUGAGGGAGAAGCCCCAGACGCAGCCCAGCGCUGCCACAGGAGACAGUGGGGUGGAGGAUGAAGAGCUGAAAGGACUGCUGGGGCUCCCAGAAGAGGAGACAGAGCUUGAUAACCUGACUGAGUUCAACACGGCCCACAACAAGCGCAUCUCCACCCUCGCCAUUGAGGAGGGCAACCUGGACAUCCAGAGGCCAAAGAGGAAAAGGAGAAACUCUCGAGUGUCCUUCAGCGAAAAGGAGGAGAUCAUUAACCCAGAAGAAGAAGCUGGAGAGCCACGGCACCCUUGGCUUGGAGGACAGUGUGGCGCGGCGAAUGCAGAACUUCCCCCUCAGCUCGGGGCUUUAUGGCGACCUGCCCCCCACCAGCCACGAGGCAGGAAACCAGGGGGCCGGAGCCCAAGGCUCCGCCAUGCUGGGUGGGCUACCGCUUCCUUUCCCCAACCCGGCCCCCGAGGUGGACCUCUCCCCGACCACGGUGCAGCCCCCCGCCAUAUUGAAUCCCACCCCCGCCCCGGGAGCCUACACGGCCGAACCGCUCAACGAACCUCGCAAGAAAAAAUACGCCAAGGAGGCGUGGCCUGGCAAGAAGCCCACUCCCUCUUUGCUCAUCUAGCGUGUGCCAUUGGAUGCCAUGGCAACAGACCUUCCCAGGACGUGUAUAUGUAUAUGACAUGUAUGAUUUCAGUGUCCAUAGUGUCCAUAUGUAUAGAGCGUUUCAGCUUUUUGGUUUAGAAACGUGUCGUCUUUUAAAGCGGUUCAGACGUCGUGUGAUCUGUCCGGCAGUCAGUUCAUCGACUUUUAUACCGAGAGGAGGCGGUGGUGUCUCCAGAGGGACCGUGGAGGCCAAAAAUGGGGGGUCUUUGCACUUGAGGGGUUACCGAGAUGGUGUUAAACCCACAUCUUCUCCUGUUGUGAACAUAUUAACACUACAUUUACUGUUACAGUCACAGCUCCCCUCUGGGAUUAAGCGAAAGACAGACUCCAAAUCAUUUUGCGUUUUUGGUAAUUACAGCUGCAAACUACCACAUUAACCUGUCAGGGUGGUACAAGCAGGACUCACUGUGAGGUCGAGUUAUUUUUGUUUAUUUAUACAUCUGUUAAUGGAUAGAGUUCCUCUUGUUGGGAAUUUAAAGGGGAAUUCCACCAAUUUUUUCAAAAUUUCUGCAGGUUAGUCAUUGAGAUGUUAUAGUUGUUCAAGGUGGUUUCACGUGAAAUGGCUGAUUGUAGAGACUCAGAUUUCUUUACAGUGGCGGUGAUAGGAACCAGGGGCCGGAUUCACGAAAGUGUCUUGAGAAAGAAAAUCGGGUGGCACGGUGGUGCAGUGGGUAGCGCUGUUGCCUCACAGCAAGAUGUGCCUGGGUUCGAUUCCCUGUGUGUAUGUGUGUGUGUUAUUCUUCAAAAAAAAUCUUAAGAAUUAU